AUGGCAGCAGAAUCCAAGACAAAGCCCGCCACCAACGGCAUGAUCAACGGCAAUGGCAAAGGGGCCUUCAAGGGCUCGAAGCUCUUGGAAGCCAUCCGCAACAUGGUCUCUUCCGCAAACAACAUGGAGAGGGAACUCGGCGGCCUUCCCGACCUCGAGAAGCUCAUGGAGAGCGAAAGGAGGUUACGGAUGGAAGUCGAGGAGAAGAACGAAGAGAUCGACGCCGUCAAGAAGGACAGGGACGACGCGUUGGCUGCCAAGGAUCAGGAGGUGGAGCUCACUAAGAAAGAGGCCGACGAGAAGGUCCGAUUAAUCCAGGAAGAGGCAGAGACCAAGGUCAGACUCAUCCAGGAGGAGACAGACACCAAAGUCAACCAGCUCAAGGCUGAGCUCGACACCGAAAAGGAGGCCCGCCGUGUGCUCAUCGAAGGCUUCGAGGAGAGGGUCGGCGUCCACAACCAGACAAAGGCCGAGAACACCGCCACCGGCCAGAAGCUCGCGGAUGCGCAGCAAGAUCUCCAAAAGAAGGAGGAAGAAGCCGAGGCCGCGAGGCAGAGGGUCGCGGAGCUGCAGCAGCUGUCGGAAAAGUCGUCGUCUCAGAUCGAGUCCCUGACGGACGAGAAGGAGAGGAUGGCGAGAGAAAAGACGCUUCUGGCGGCAGAUCUUCAACAGCGGGAAGCUGAACUCACCGUCUUAGACGGCGAACUCCGCCAACUGCACAAGGACGUUGGGGUCAACCUCUUGCACGACUACGAGGACCGGGAGCUUGCCAGAUUCCGCCGUGAAAUAGACGCAUUCGCCGAAGAAUCCCGAGGCCUGGUAACCGAGUUCUUCAAAGAACCAGAUAAUUCACUUAACACCGUCUCCCUCCCCCACCAGCUCGACUACCUCAAACGCGUCCCCAUUCCCAAGUCCGGCUCGACCCCGGACCUGCGCUGCCUUGUCGCCCAAGCCGUCAUCGCAAAGUUCCUCCGCUCCCAUAUCUUCCAGCCCUUCUUCCUCCCGCAGGACAUCCACCACGCCGGCGCCGACGUGCUCGAGUACCUCUCCGAGGACGUCCAGCGCGCCACCAUCUUCCGCUGCCAGAUCCUCGCCGCCUGCGACCGCAACGACUCCGCGAAAGCCGUCGCCGCCCAGGCGAAAGACGAGGUCUACCGCGAGCUGUGCGCCUUCGUGCCCGCGACAAAGUACCUGCCCCUCCAGCAGCGCCUCACGCGCUUCUUCGAGGCCGGCGUCAAGAUGUGGGCCGAGCUGCAGCGCUCCAAGCAGCUCGUCCUCUGCGAGGAUCUCGAGGACGAGGAUAUCGAGGAGAUUGACGAGGGCCAGCGGCCGCGGAUGUGGGAUGAGUACGGCGCGCGGUCGAAGCUGGCGGCGGGCGGCCCCGGGGACGUGUGCGCGACGCUGUUCCCGCAGGUCGUCAUGGAGGAGAGCGAGGACACGAUUAAUGUGAUACACCCCGGCGUCGGGCUGUGGUCGGACCAGACGGUUGUGAUUGCGGCGUCGCAGGCGAUGGCGAAGGGGCAGCUGAACGGGAGGGUGAACGGCGACGCGAGGCCGGGGACCCAGAGGCGGAGGUCGAGUUCGAGUGCGCCAUCUGGGAGGUCGUGA